CGGGUAAAACAUGCGAUCAGAUCCAAAACCGGCUGCAUUCCUCUCUCUCUCUCUCUCUCUCUCUCGCUCCAAACAAUGCUAGCGAGAUGGAGACGAGCGGCCUCUUGCUUCUCCCACCUCGGAUCUCUUCGAGGAUCUCAUCUCUUCGAUCGCGGCUGCUCCAAAGUCUCCGCCGCCGCCGCGUCGAGCCCAAAGCCCGCGACACCAAAUCCCCAGCUCAGCAAACCCGAGGUUAGACUAAAUGCAUUGUUUUGGUCAAAGCCCUGUUCGUUAUCCUUGGCUCCACAUUCUCCUCUAAGAAUAGAAGAACCACAUUAUGAGGGCAUCAGGCGUUUUAUGCUCAAGCUGUUGUUGUUUUAUAGCAAACAAAGCAAAUCUCUCCGAGGAGCAAAUGUGGUUUAUCGGCGUAUCACUUCACAGGUUGAUAAGCCUGCCAUUUAUGAUGUAUUUCAGUUGGAGAAAACAUUUAAAACUACAUUUGCUUUGCUUGUGCUUCAUAUGUGGCUCUUCCUACGCCGAAUGAAGGAGGAAGGAAAUGAAGGAGCUGAAUUUGGGCAAUAUCUAUAUGAGAUUUACAAUCACGAUUUGGAGUUGAGAGUAUCAAAAGCUGGGGUUAACUUACUCUUAACAAAAUGGAUGAAGGAGUUAGAGAAGAUAUUUUAUGGAAAUAUUAUUGCAUAUGACACUGCUCUCAGUCCCGAAGCCAAAAAUGAUGAACUUGUGAAUGUCCUAUGGAGGAACGUUUUCUCAGAAGAUGGCUCACAGUUGUCAGAUCCUGUGGCUGCUCCUGCUGUCCAGGCAAUGGCUAGAUAUACUUGUAGGGAGUCCACAUGCCUGUCAAUGACAGAGAAGGAAGCUCUGUACUCUGGCAACUUCAUGUUCACCUCAUUGGAAAACCAGUUACCUAAUCAGGGAAAGUCCACAAAAUGAUACCUUCAAGCUGUAGAAAUUGACAAAUAUGAAGCAAAAGAUUAAAGAUAUCUUUUAUUAUGAUAUUUAAAUGUUGCUUUCCAAAUGAAGGAAAAAAGAAAAUUACUUGGAUGACGACGACAACAACAAUGAAGGGAGACUUGCUAUGUGUUUGGAGAAGAGGUCCCCAAGAAAUGAAGCCUGUUUUGCCCUCCUUUUCUUGUUAGGUACAAAUACAACUUUGAUUUGUUUAAAGUGAUCAUUUGAGGGAGCUUUGCUUGACAUGUUCCUUUUUUGGUAAUGCUCUUUGUGGGGUUAUUUGUUAACCUUCAUUUGGUCUAAGAUUCUGAAUCGAAUGAACAAAAUGUUGGCCAAAGCUACAGCUGUCAAGUUUGUGUAAUAUUACUUUCUAUCAGCACU